GGCCGCGGGCGCGCCCGGAGCAGCGCGUUCGAACCGAGAUGGCGGCGGCGGAGCGGCUGCGGAGGGCGCUCGGGGGGUGGCGGCUGCCGGAGCUGGCUGCGGCGUGGGUGGACACGAUGUGGGACCUGGAAUUCACGGAGGUCGAGCCUCUCGAUCCCCGGAUAGCGGAGGACAUCACGGCCGAUGGAGUCGACAGCUUCACUGGCCUGUACAGCGCUCUGGCGCCCUUUGCCGCCGGGGAGCAGGAGAGCAGAGAGAAUGUCUGGAUCUUGUUUGCUGAGAACAGCCUGUCCCACCAGGCCCUGGUGGCUGUGCUGCACCACUUUGUGCACGUGGGCCAGCAGAAGAGAGCCAACGCAGAGCAGAGGGUGUUCGCUCUGCACGCGGCUGGGCUGUACUUCCUGCUGCUGGAGAUCCCAGGCAGCAUAAUCAACCAGGUGUUCCAUGAAGUGGUGUUUGACAAAUGUCUUCACACCCUGACAAAAUGCUUGCCUCGAGAUCUGAGGAAAAGGAAGAAGGCGCAAGCUCAAAGCUCACAGUCCAGUGCCAGAAGAAACAGAAAGAAAGGGAGACCGUGCAGGAAUGACAGCCCCAGUGUAGAAGAGAUGUUGGAAGAGGAGGAGGAAGAGGAUGAUGAGGAUGUUUACUGGUCAAGAGAAGGUCUUCUCCAAGUCCGCAACGCCAUCUUCCUUCUUUUGAAAAACUUCCUAAGACUUCUGACCAAGUUGUCCCUAGAAGAAAAGCCUCAGUGCCUGCAGAACUGUGUGCAGGUCUUUGUUGAAAUGACCAGCUUUGAGCCAGUGCUCCAUGAGUUCGACUUUUCAGCAUCCAUGGAUGUUAAUAAAGCCGAGUACAUUCCUGAGGCGGCCUGUUACGGACUGUACUUACUGUGUUCCCCUCUCCAUGGCACACAAGAUAAGACCCUUCAAUGUGUCUUCCAUCGACUUCUCUACGUAAUUCUGAUGGCGGAGAGCAGUGAGGAUUCCAUGCAUGAGGUCCUUCCCAUCACACCAGCUGUGACCAGUGCCAGGAACCUGGCUAUAAAAUUCAUCAGUUCUCUGGUAGAUGAGCUGAAAGAAGCUAUUUAUCCUACUCUCCGAAUAUUGCUCCAACAUAUCUGUGCCCAGGUCCCAGACAAGGCUGAUUAUCGCACCUGCGCUGCCCAGGCCCUGGCGACCCUGCUGGACAAACUCCCUUGUGCAGAGUUCGCUUCUUUCAUCGCCUGGCUUUAUAAAUUCUCACUCUAUGAAGUUCCCUCCAGAGUGUUUGCUCUGGAUGCAGCCUUGGCUUUGUUGGAGCUGCCAGAGAGGAACCCGGGCAGCUCCUUGUCCCUGGAGGAUCAGAGGUUUCUAAAGCACAAGUUUUUAGUGCAGGUCAUGGUGUUUGGCCGGUGCUCAGACAUAGCCCCCGUGGUCCGGAGCAAGGCUCUCAGCAGCCUUGACUGCUGUCUCGAGAUGAAAUCUGCUGCUGUCUCAGAGAGCAUUCAGGACUUACUACAGAGCUCCCGUGUCCACACAGUGUUGGAAGCAAGCGCAGGCACUGCGAGCGUGACAGCCAGUGCAGGAGCCGUGUCCAGCCAUCCACUGAAGACCUUCCCAACUUCCAAGACUUUUGAGCUGACAGACAGCAGUGACACUGCUAGGCCUGAUGGAGAAGAGUUCAUGGCCAUACUGAGAGAGAGAGCUGGAGAUGAGAAAAUCAUCGUGAGGAAACCUGCUGUGCGGGUGCUUGGGAGCCUCCUGAAGCACGGGCACAUGCCCUGCACCGCCGAGAAUGUGGGCACGCUGCGGGACCGCUGCCGCGACCCUGCGGCGUCCGUGUGCAAGCAGGCGCUGCACUCCAUCACAGAGCUGCUCCUGUUUCAGCACAGCAAUGUCCUCGUGCAGAAGGCCUGGUGGAACGGGGUGGUGCCCGUUGUGAUGGGUGCAGAAAACUCUGUCCAAGAAAAGGCCUUGGAUUGCCUUGAUCAGAUCUUGCUGCAAAACAUAAAACCUUACAAUAAAUCCAGGAGUGAUGAUAGGCAGAAGCUGGCAUGGGAUCUGCUGUCCCUGUCUUCAGAAAGCAAGGAGCUGGGCCGUUACCUGAGCAGAGCCUUGACUGUGUGGUCCAGCCAGAAGAAGUUGACCUCCACUUUUAUCCAGAAUGUCAUGUCUCACCUGGAGACAGAGCAUUCCAGCGCAGCUUGGAUGCUGCUUGCCAAGGUGGCAUGUUCUUCCCCCAAGCUGGAUUAUUCCAAGAUCAUUGAAUCCUGGUACAGCAGGCAGCAGAACACGAGCAGUGACGCUGUGGGACACAUCCUGUGUGUCAUCGGGCACGUGGCAGAGCACCUCUCCAGGAGCCGCUGUGAGGGGCUCAGGGAGAACAUCCGGAGCUGGCUGAAGGAGUUUCAGUGUCCCCGGGUGUUGAUCAGCCCGGCUGUGCAGGCCCUGCAGAGGCUCUGCCGGGCCUCCGUAGAUGUACCAAAGGAGGCACAGGAGCUGCUCAACCAGGUGUUUGGAGAUUUGGUAUCCACCUGUUACAGCUACAUCUCCAAUAUAGUCCUCAAAGAGGGUGGAGCAGAGCAGCUGCAGGAGGAUCUCUUGGUGAGACACCUCUUCCUCCUGGGCGAGGCUGCGCAGAUGUGCCCAGCCAAGGUGGAGAAAUACAUCUUCUUCUUGGUUCAGGCCAUCCUGGCCCCUCCUGUCAGCCAGGACCAACUGUCUGCUUCCAAAGACAGUUCCCAGUUCAGAGGCUCAGCCAUGCCUACCGUGGUCAGGGCUCAUGCAGUCAUGACUUUAGGUAAGCUGUGCCUGCAGCACGACGAGCUGGCGAGGGAGUCCAUCCCAGUCCUGGUGCAGGAGCUGGAGGUGUCGCAGGAAAUGCCUGUGCGCAUCAACGUGGUGACGGCGCUGUGCGACCUGUGCAUGCUCUACACCUCCCUGGUGGACAGAUACAUCCCCAACAUCUCCCUGUGCCUGCGGGACCCGCACCCCGUCAUCCGCGAGCACACCCUGACCCUGCUCACCAACCUCCUCCAGGGGGAGUAUGUGAAAUUGAAGAACUAUCUCUUCUUUCGGUUUGUCUGUGUCUUGGUGGAUCCAAACCCAGAUAUUGCCAGUUUUGCAGAGUACUGCCUGGUGCACAUCUUGCUGAUGAGGAACCCCGUGAUAUUCUCCCAGCACUUCAUCGAGUGCAUCUUCCAUUUCAACAGCUACGAGAAACAUCCAAAGUACAACAGGUUCCCCCAGAGCGAGCGGGCGAAGCAGCUCUUCUCUCUGAAGGGGAAGGAUAACAAGGAGAAGAGGAUGAGGAUCUACACCUUCCUGCUGGACCAUUUCACGGAUGAGCAGAGGUUCAACAUCACCACCAUGAUCAGCGACAACAUCCUAGCUUGCUUUGUGUAUAAGGUCCUUCCUUUGGACCUGGAAGGCAGCGAGCUGCUCUCAGAUACAUUUGCAGUCCUUAGCUGCAAAGAAAUCAAGCUCUCAAGUAUGAGGUCCAAACCUGAGGAAGACAUUCAGCCUGAGGAAGAUGAGAUGUCAACAGCCAGUGCUGUCAUGCAGGUGGCCCAGAAAAAGCUCAUCUUGCAGGGUCAAAAGAAGAAUUUAAUAGAAAACAUCAUCCCAACAAUCACAUCACUGAAGUCCUUGAUGGAGCAGAAGAGGACCCCAGCUCUUAAGGACCUGAUGAGCUGCCUGCGGGAAAUUAUGCAAGAUUACCGAAACGAAAUCAAAGACUUCUUUGCUGAGGACCAGCAGCUGGUAGUCGAGCUGGAGUAUGACAUGAGGAAAUAUGAAGAGCAGCUGGCCAGGGAGAAGGAGUUGGAACAAGAGCAGCUCUCAGCAGCCCACUGGGAGCAAUCUCCAUCUUUGGAGAGAGCUGCAUCUCCUGGUGGCCAGAAUAAUAACAAUGCUCAGUCUCCUGCGAGUGGGAGGCCGCCCACAUCUGGGUUCAUCCCUUCCUCUGGGUCUUCUGAGUUGGCCAUACCUCAUGCUGGUGCUCUGAAGCAGCCUCAAGUGGGUCGCAGGGCAUCUCUCCUGAGCACAGUGGCCAGGCUGAACGCUGCCUUCCUGGCAGCAGAAGGUGCACCCGUGCAGCGCAGCAAGAGUGUGGGGAGGAGUUCACCGAGCACAUCUGGCAGCCAGCAAGUGUCCUGCCAAAGGUCCAGGCGAGAAAAGGUGGCUGUGGUGGGCCCAGCAAUCAGCACCCCAGAGCAGCCUGAGACCAUUGGGGACUUGACUUUUGGUGCUGGAGUCAGUAGCAUCAGCUCGAUACAGACACCCUCUUCAGGUCCAGCAGAGGAAGAUGAUGAUGCUGAGGAUAGGCCGAAGCGUAUCAUCUAUUUGCCAUCGCCAGAGGAACCCCCAUCCCCACCUCGGCAGUGGAACGUGAAGUCCCCAGCGAGGAGAAGGAGCAGCCAGCAAGUGCCUCUGCAGCAGUCACAGUGCAAAACCCCCCUGGAAGCAGCUAAGUGAGCCUGCCCCUGGAUUGCUGUACAGAACCACCACGCUGCCUGAGACCUGUCCCUCCCCUCUGCUUGUGAAGCACAUCCUUCCUUAGCCAUCUCUUCUGAGCUGUGUUUUCCCCAGCACUGCCCUAGAGAUGGGCAGACAAAGCCUGUGUGAGCACACACAGGGGUUGUAAGUGCUGCUCUUGGCAGAGCUCACUGGAGGGCUGCAGUAUAAAAGGAGGGUGGCUUUUCACUCUCAGGAUGUGUAAUUUGUCCAUUUGGGAAAGUAAGGGCAUAACGUUGCCACAAGCUUGGUAAUAAAUGCAUUUAUCACAGCUUGCAGGGCAGUGAGUGGCUGGGUUUAUUCACCCAAUCCCUCAUUGUCCCUCUUGGUUAUAUAAUAGAGUUGCUUUAAUUUGAACAAAGGUAAAACAGCUUGUCACUGCUGCACCCCUAAAUCUGGUAAUUGCACGCUACAUCACCUCUUAUUUGUUGUGCAAACUCCUGUGUGUAUGAACAGCCUUAAUCUUCUUUUUCUAUGGAAUAUUUCUAUUCUUGAACUAUGUUAUUUCUGACUAUUAGCAUUUGAUGAAAAUAAAUGGUUGCAGAAUUAAUUCCA